AUGCAUCGCAAGGAGGACAUCCUCGACUUUGCUGGAUUCGAGGGCUGCGCGAGCGACCGCGAGUUCUGGUGGCACCUCGCGGCUGACAACGAGGCUCAGUGGGGUCGCUUCCCCGGCGCACAUAGCUGGCAGUGGACUCCGCCCGACGAAUGCGAGGUCCGUCCGUUCGACGGCGAGGCGCUUGUCAAGGAUAUGGUCGAGAAGGGUGGCUGGCUGUUGAUUGGCGACUCGGUAACCGAGAACCACUUCUUCUCGCUCUCAUGCGUUCUCUUCCCGCACGUCCGCGCGACGCCCAACUACACCGAGAACCCCUACUUCGACCGCGCAUGGCCACAAAACCUCUACCUCUCGCCCACGUCGCCACUCCUCCGGCAUCUCGCGCUCCCCCCGGGCUUCGACAUCGAAAAGACGCCGCUCGUGACCUUCCGCCGCGUCGACCUGCUCCUCGACCGGCCCGAGCUCGAGGCGCUCUACGCAGAGCUCUAUCCUUCGGGCGCAGAGGCGGACGGCGAGGCGCUCAGGCUCCCUUCAAAGCCGCUGUUCAGCGACGAGCAGUUUUGGAGCAUGUCCCCGCGCGAGUACGUACGCGAGAUAUUUUUGCAGCCCGCGCCCCUGCGAUACUCCACACUCGUGAUCAGCACGGCGGGCCAUUGGACGACGACGCUCAUGUCUGGGUUUGCGGAUCCGGCGCAGCCUGGGGACGGGAUUGCGGGUGUGUUGGGGUUCUUUGGGGUGAGUAUGCAGAGGUGGGCGGAGGAGGUGCAGGGGAUGAUGGAUGGGUAUCGGGAGGAGGAGGAGAGGAGGUCCGGUCGGUGGUUUGGGUUGGGGAGGAGGGGUGGGGUUGAGCGGCAGGUGGUGAUUAGGGCGUAUUUGCCGGGGCAUGAGGAUUGUCAUGAUGAGAGGAGGCCGUGGACCGAGUGGAAGUCGUUCCGGUGGAACUGGUAUAAUUGGGGAAGUAUCAAGGAUUUUAACCGAAUAUUCGAGGAGACCCUGUCCUCGCCUGCUUUCCCUGAUAUUCACUAUCUGCCGAUAGACCGACCGGCACUUCUCCGUCCCGACGCGCAUUCCGCAGGCGAUUGUCUGCAUAUCAUGACCGGCGCCGGCGUGCUCGAAGGCUGGACGCACUACAUCUGGCACUACGUCACACGCGAGGUACCAGGCCGCAUCCGAUGA